CACCCGGCCCGGAAGCGCUCGCGCAGGAGACCCCGGGUGACGGGGCCGGGCGCCGCUAAGUGGACCGAGCCCCAGCGUCCGCCGACAUGGCCUGGACCAAGUACCAGCUGUUCCUAGCCGGGCUCAUGCUCGUUACGGGCUCCAUCAACACGCUCUCGGCAAAAUGGGCGGACAAUUUCACGGCUGAGGGCUGCGGAGGGAGCAAAGAGCACAGCUUCCAGCAUCCCUUCCUCCAGGCAGUGGGCAUGUUCCUGGGAGAAUUCUCCUGCCUGGCUGCCUUCUACCUCCUCCGGUGCAGAGCCGCAGGGCACUCAGACUCCAGCGUAGACCCCCAGCAGCCCUUCAACCCUCUUCUUUUCCUGCCCCCAGCGCUCUGUGACAUGACAGGGACCAGCCUCAUGUAUGUGGCUCUGAACAUGACCAGUGCCUCCAGCUUCCAGAUGCUGCGGGGUGCGGUGAUCAUAUUCACUGGCCUGUUCUCGGUGGCCUUCCUAGGCCGGAGGCUGGUGCUGAGCCAGUGGCUGGGCAUCCUAGCCACCAUCGCGGGGCUGGUGGUCGUGGGCCUGGCUGACCUCCUGAGCAAGCACGACAGUCAGCACAAGCUCAGCGAAGUGAUCACAGGGGACCUAUUGAUCAUCAUGGCCCAGAUCAUCGUCGCCAUCCAGAUGGUGCUAGAGGAGAAGUUCGUCUACAAACACAAUGUGCACCCACUGCGGGCAGUUGGCACUGAGGGCCUCUUUGGCUUUGUGAUCCUCUCCCUGCUACUGGUGCCCAUGUACUACAUCCCCGCCAGCUCCUUCAGUGGAAACCCUCGUGGGACGCUGGAGGAUGCAUUGGACGCCUUCUGCCAGGUGGGCCGGCAGCCACUCAUUGCCGUGGCACUGCUGGGCAACAUUAGCAGCAUUGCCUUCUUCAACUUCGCAGGCAUCAGCGUCACCAAGGAACUGAGUGCCACCACCCGCAUGGUGCUGGACAGCUUGCGCACCAUUGUCAUCUGGGCACUGAGCCUGGCACUGGGCUGGGAGGCCUUCCAUGCACUGCAGAUCCUUGGCUUCCUCAUACUCCUUAUAGGCACUGCCCUCUACAAUGGGCUACACCGUCCGCUGCUGGGCCGCCUGUCCAGGGGCCGGCCCCCGGCAGAGGACAGUGAGCAGGAGAGACUGCUGGGUGGCACCCGGACUCCCAUCAAUGAUGCCAACUGAGGUUUCCUGGAUGCCUCAGGAAUCCUGCCACCCGGGUGCUCCUUCACCCUGAGACUGAGGCCACACAGGCUGGUGGGCCCCAAAUGCCCUGUCCCCAAGGCCUCACCCUGUCCCCUCCCUGCAGAACCCCCAGGGCAGCUGCUGCCACAGAAGAUAACAACACCCAAGUCCUCUUUUUCUCACUACAACCUGCAGGGUGGUGUUACCCAGCCCCCACAAGCCUGAGUGCAGUGGCAGACCCCAGAUCUCUGGACCCCUCCUACAGCACUAGAGCUAAAUCAUGAAGUUGAAUUGUAGGAAUUUACCACCCUAGUGUAUCUGAAUCAUAAACUGGAUUAUCAUAGUUAUCUAGUUUAUGAGUCAUAAGCUAGAUUUGAUUCUCCAAAGAAGAAAAGUCAGUGAGCAAAUUUAAACCAGAACUAAGCAUUAUAUUUUCUUUUUUUUUUUUUUUUUUUUGAGACAGUCUCGCUCUGUCGCCCAGGCUGGAGUGCAGUGGCACGAUCUUGGCUCACUACAACCUCUGCCUCCCAGGUUCAAAUGAUUCUCCUGCUUCAGCCUCCCAAGUAGCUGGGAUUACAGGUGCAUAACACCAUGCCUGGGUAAUUUUUGUAGAGAUGGGGGUUUCACCAUGUUGGCCAGGCUGGUCUCAAACUCCUGACCUCAGGUGAUCUGCCUGCCUCGGCCUCCCAAAGUGCUGGGGUUACAGGUGUGAGCCACCAUGCCCAGCCAUAACUAAGCAUUAUGUUUUCUAAAACUUCUAAGAUCUUCCCUAAACCCAUCUGAAGAUCGGGGUUUUAGCCCACACUCUGCCUCAAACUCACUGUAGCUCCCAGCACAUUACCCAGUUGCUCUGGGUAGUAGGUGUUAUGCUCUGGGAAGUAGAUGUUGAUGUUGUGGCCUUAGUGCCUUCCGGCCCCAGCAUUCCUUGGGACUGUGAUCUUGACCAACCUGAGAAAACAGUAACAGCCCAUCCACUGGAAAUACCCCUCUGCCCACGGCACCACCCUUCUGUGCUGUUUUUUUGUUUUUGUUUUUGUUUUUGUUUGUUUCUUCUUUUGAGACAGUCUUGCUCUGUUGCCAGGCUGGAGUACAGUGGUGUGAUCUCGACUCACUGCAACCUCCCCCUCCCAGGUUCAAGCAAUUCCCCUGCCUCGGCCUCCUGAGUAGCUGGGACUACAGGCGUGUGCCACCACACCCGGCUAAUUUUUUGCAUUUUUUAGUAGAGAUGGGGUUUUGCUAUGUUGGCCAGGAUGGUCUCGAUCUCCUGACCUCAUGAUCCACCUGCCUCAGCCUCCCAAAGUGCUGGGAUUACAGGCAUGAGCCACCGCACCCAGCCCUUUUUUUUUUUUUUUUUUUUUUUUAAGAGACAGGGUCUUGCUGUGUCACCCAGGCACAGCUUACUGCAGCCUUGAACUCCUGGGAUCAAUCAGUCCUCCUGCCUCAGCCUCCUGAGUAGCUAAGACUAACAGGUAUGUACCACCAUGCCUGGUUUAUUGUUUUAUUUUUUUGCAGAGAUGGGUCUCACUGUGUUGCCCAGGCUGAUCUCAAACUCCUAGCCUCAAGCGAUCCUCCCAUCUCAGCCUCCCAAAGUGCUGGGAUUACAGGCCUGAGCCACCCCACCUUGGCAACAGAGUGAGACCUGUCCCUGUUUUCCUGCUCUUACUCUCACCUCCGAGGCCUCCUCUGCCUGGGAGAGAUUGCAGGGAAAUUCCAGGCAGCCCUUGUCAAUUGUUUUUAUGAAUUCUUUACCUGCUCCUUUAAAGACAAGGAAACUGGGGCCCAAAGUUCUAAGUUGUUUGGCAAAUGGAGUCUCCUACUUUCAGUUCCUGCAAGGACCUGGGGGACCCCCAGGUCCAGCAGCCACAUGAUUCUGUAGCAGACUGGGACUUAGAGCACAUCUGGAUCUCAGCCCCACCCCUGGCAACCUGCCUGCCUAGAGAACCCCCAAGGUGACAGACUUCGCAGGAUUCUGCCAUUUAGAGUAAUUCUGGUAUCCUGGGCGUUGCGUUAAGUUGCUUAACUUUCAUUCUGUCUUACGAUAGCCUUCAGAGGUGGGAACAGAUGAAGAAACCAUGCCCCAGAGAAAGUUAAGUGACUUCCUCUUUAUGGAGCCAGUAUUCCAACCUAGGUUUACCUGAUACCAGACCUGUGGCCCCACCUCCCAUGCAGGUCUCUGUGGGGUCUUUGGGAUGGAUCUUCUAGGGCUGGGCUGGAAGCCUCAUGUACUGUUGUCCUCUAGGUAACCACCCUGAAGAGAAGGGGUGGCAUCAGGAAUCGCAGGGAACCGAGCAGACUUUGGUCCAAUGCUGCUCCUUGGAACAGUUGAGUGCAGCCUUAAACCAUUCUCCUGGGCAGCUCAGUCAUAAAACACUGAAUGCCUGCCUUAAAAUAGCCUCUGAGGGAAGGGAGCUGUUGACAAGUGAAGCCCUCAGGUUGUGUGGGAUUCCAGCAGGUUAUUAUAGCUUGUGGGGGAAGGGAGGGUCCAUUCCACCAGCUUUGAAUCCCAGGGUCCCCUCAGCUUCUCUCGGCCACAGUGUCUGUCCCAGGAAGAAGCAAAUGGACAGUGAGGAUGAUGGAGAGACUACAGCUGCCUUGUCUAAAACCUGGGAUCUUAAGAGUGUUAUUUUGGCUUUAUUUUUUAAAAAAAAGAAAAGGAAAAUUGGCAAUUAAUCCAUUCUCGCAUUGCUAUAAAGAAAUACCUGAGACUGGGUAAUUUAAUUUAUAAAGAAAAGAGGUUU